UCCAAGUGAUAUGGGAGAAGUGUGUGUAAGACAUUGUGUGAAAAGAUUCUGUAGGUUGUGCACCGAGACAGCUGAGACAGUAUGACCUGGACAAGAAGUCUGCCUUCAGUCUGGGCCUUCUGGACUUCUGGGCGAGAAAAUGAAGAUGGCAACUCAAGGACGCUAGUAUCCAACCUGCUUUAUGAGGACCAGAAGCCUAAAGAUCAUCCCAACAGGAAGUAUGCGGGAAAUGGUGUCAAGACCACAAAAUACCACAUCUGGUCCUUCAUCCCUUUGAACCUGUGGGAACAAUUCUUACGUGUUGCCAAUUUUUAUUUCGUGGGCUUGGCAGCACUGAACUUUGUCCCAGCGGUGAAUGCUUUCCAGCCACAGGUGGCCAUCAUUCCCAUUUGUGUCAUUCUGGCUUUGACGGCCAUCAAGGACGCUUGGGAAGAUUUCAGACGCUACCAGAGCGAUCGUCAGCUCAACAGCAUGCCCUGCCACAUCUAUAGCAGGAUCCAGCGAAGCUUUGUGGAGAAAAGAUGGAAGGAUGUACGGGUGGGGGAUUUUGUCCGAGUGCUCUCCAAUGAGAUCAUCCCAGCAGACAUCUUGCUCCUGCACACGUCCAACCCUAAUGGUGUGUGCCACAUAGAGACGGCCAAUCUGGAUGGCGAGACCAAUCUCAAGCAGAGGAAAGUGGUGCCUGGUUUCGCCAAACCGAAUUCUCCAUUUGAGCCGCUAAACUUCAACAGCACUGUGGUUUGCGAAAAGCCCAACAUCGACCUGAACAAUUUCAAUGGCUUUCUAGAAAAAGACAAGAAGACAGGUUUUGACAUUGAGAACUUAUUACUACGUGGAUGCACUGUCAGAAAUACAGCUCAUGCAUCAGGGAUAGUGGUGUAUGCAGGCCAUGAGACAAAGUCCAUGUUAAACAAUGACAAGCCGAGGUACAAACGUAGCAAGCUGGAGAGAAAGAUGAACAUGGACGUGCUCCUGUGUCUGCUUCUGCUCUUCUGUAUGUGUCUCAUAGGAGCCACAGGUCAUAUCUAUUGGUUGGAGUCUUUCCCUACUGUACCAAUCUACUUUAUUCCUGAAAGUGAUGGGAGUUUUAUCCAACCAUUGCAGGCAGGGAUCUACAUGUUCCUUACCAUGAUUAUCCUACUGCAGGUGAUGAUUCCAAUUUCGCUCUACCUGUCCAUCGAGCUGGUGAAGAUCGGUCAGGUGUUCUUCAUCACUCAAGACUUAGACCUGUACGAUGAGGAGCAAGACUCCCGCGUCCAGUGCCGUGCUCUUAAUAUCACAGAGGACCUCGGGCAGAUACAAUAUGUCUUCUCAGACAAGACAGGGACUCUGACUGAGAACAAAAUGGUGUUCCGCCGCUGCACUAUAAUGGGAACGGAAUUCCCUCAUGAGGAUAAUGCAACCCGAUUGGCUGUUCUGGCAGGAGUAACUGAUCAAGAUGAAGAGGUUAUUUACGAGCAGAUUAGACAGUCUCCUCUUUUUUCUCUGGAGGAGGUCCAGGAAUACCCAACAGGAGACAGAGUGAACUCUAGCACUUCUGCCAGGAGCAGAUUUCAAAGGCCAAGGGUCAUAACUCCUGGAAUUUUUGCAUUCAGCAGCCCACUGGAAACCGAGGUGGUUCCAGACCAGACAUUGCUUCAGCUAGUAGAAGAUGCUGAGUGUGGGAGGAAGAAUGCACACUACCUGGAGUUCUUCCUGGCUUUAGCCAUCUGCAACACUGUCGUGGUUUCAACAAAAGCAGCCCAGAGACAAAGGGCCAAAACUCGACAUAGAUCUACUAGCUCCAGAAGUUCACUUGACUUUAUGGAGGGCCUGAUAAGUCGAGUAACAUCUCUUGGAAAGGUGAUCACACGCAAGAGAAGAGCGUUCUCUGAGCCAAUGGACCUCAUGGAAAUUCCUGAACAGGAUCUCCCUGGUUUUUAUGGGUCUAUAGAGAGCCUUAAUGAAGGAGGGAGCAGUUUCGCCAGGCCAGGGGCUGGAAGCAACCUGUCCGUAAUAGAUGAUGUUUGCUAUGAGGCCCAGAGUCCAGAUGAAGCAGCUCUGGUGCAUGCAGCUAAGGCUUACGGCUUCACCUUAAAGGAACGGACACCUGACCGUGUAACCGUACAGCUGCCUCAAGGAAAGCUACUGACGUUUGCCGUGUUGGAUGUUUUGGCUUUUGACUCAACCCGAAGGAGGAUGUCCAUAAUAGUGCGUCAUCCUGAAAACAAUAAGAUUGUAAUGUAUACUAAAGGAGCAGACUCUGGCAUCAUGGAGCGACUGCAGAAUUCCUUUGAAGCCAAAUCACACCUGAAAAGCGAGAGUAGAAAUAAUGCAUCUAAGACUCAGACGGACCUUGAUAUGUACGCCAGAGACGGUUUGCGGACUUUGUGUUUCACAAGAAAGGUUGUAAGUGACCAUGACUAUAAAAGGUGGUUAACUAUGAGAAAGGAAGCCAUGUCAGCCAUAGAGAAUAAAGAAGAACUACUGAGGGAGACUGCGGCAUACAUGGAAAAUAACCUCACUCUGCUGGGAGCCACUGGAAUUGAGGACCGCCUUCAGGAAAAUGUUCCAGAAACAAUACAGGCCUUGAGAGAGGCAGGAAUCAAAGUAUGGGUCCUGACUGGGGACAAACUCGAGACGGCUGUCAACAUUGCCUACUCCUGCAAGCUGCUAGACCAUAAUGACCUGGUGUUCACUUUUAAAAUGACGAACAAGGAGGUCUGUAAGAACAUGCUGAAUGGAGCUUUAAGCGAGAUGCCACGCUUUCUGGAUGAGAUGCCCAGAAUUGGGUUGGUGAUUGACGGUCAAACCCUGGGCCUUCUCCUGAGUGACGAUCUGCAGGCACAGUUCUUGGAGUUAUGCCAACACAGCCGCUCUGUGCUGUGCUGCAGAGCAACACCCCUGCAAAAGAGUACAGUUGUCACGCUGCUACGCGACAGGCUCAAGGUCAUGACUCUUGCUAUAGGUGAUGGUGCCAAUGACAUAAACAUGAUUCAAGCAGCAGAUGUCGGUGUGGGAAUAUCAGGCCAGGAAGGCAUGCAGGCUGUCAUGGCCAGUGAUUUUGCAAUAUCUCGCUUCAAACACCUGAAGAAGCUUCUCUUGGUUCACGGUCACUCCUGUUACACACGGCUGGCAAACAUGAUCAUCUAUUUCUUCUACAAGAAUGUGGCUUAUGUCAACCUCCUGUUCUGGUACCAGUUCUUCUGCGGCUUCUCUGGCACAGCCAUGAUUGACUACUGGUUCAUGAUUUUCUUCAACCUCUUAUUCACAUCCUCUCCACCUAUCAUGUUUGGCAUCAUGGACAGAGAGGUUUCUGCUCACAUGCUCCUCAACUUGCCUGAACUCUAUAAAAAAGGGCAGCGUGCUGGGGGAUACAGUCGUACAACUUUCUGGAUAGCUAUUCUAGAUGCCUUUUAUCAAAGUCUUGUUUGCUUCUUUGUCCCAUACUGGACAUACGCAGGCUCUGAUAUUGGCAUUUUCUCUCUUGGAACCCCAAUGAAUACGGUGUCUUUGUUCACCAUCCUGCUUCACCUGGCAAUUGAGAUCAAGAGUUGGACAGUGGUACACUGGGUGAUCAUGGUGGGCAGUGUCUUGGUGUUUUUCGUCAUUACUUUGGUAUUCAGCGCUCUCUGCAUCAGCUGUAACCCCCCCUCAGACCCAUACUGGAUCAUGCAGCAGCAAAUGAACGACCCUGUUUUCUACCUGGUCUGCAUUUUAACCACCGUUGUAGCACUGCUGCCAAGGUUCACACUGCAUGCCCUGAGGGGGACGCUAGUGCCCUGUGAUCACCUCAAGGCGAGGCAGAUAGACCAGCUGCCUCCUGACCAGCGGGAAAUGUGGCUCAGAGAGUGGAGGAGCCUCAAGGAACUGUGUAGCUCCUACACCAGCUUGUCCACCUCCAAACGUAGACAUUCAGAUGCAGCUACAGUCCAGGAGGCUGCUUAAUGCUUUUGCACUCUCACAAAAAAAUGUAACGUACAGGAGAAUAGGAGCCCAAGAACUGGUUUGUUUCUGAUGACAAUUUUAUGUUUUGGCAAAUUUAAACUUUUGCCCAAAGCCAAGUGUGAAAGGGCAAACUUUCAUAGACCUCUCAUAUUUAUGCAAAAAUGAAAUAUUUGAAUGCAGUCUUAACAGUAUUGUGAAUUAACCCCAAUCAGAGAAAUAACCUGAACAGCUUGGAGCCAUGCUUGUUUAGUUUCUGAAUCUGCUUAUUCCAGCAUAGCCUUCACUAACAAGCCUUAUGGAUUAAACAUGGAAUCUGAUUCCAAGCAUAUCUCCAAGAUUCUUAAGUCCUGGGAGAAGGUUCAGACUAUUAUGCUGCACAUUCCAUGCCGACCGAUCAAUGCACCACCCACAGUUUCUCAGAAAACACCUUGAAAUGAGCUGCUUUUUUGGAUUUGGUGAUCUGAAGUGGCGUUGGCUUCCCUGUGAGAAACCUACUUUCACUGUGAGAAACCUCAUUUGUAUUCAGAGGCGCUUGAAGCUGCUCAUGAAAUAAUUGAGGAUUGCAGAUGUUACAUAAUAUCUUGGUAUUUUCAGUUCAUGAAUCCAUGUUGACAGCAUGCUGGGCUUGAUGGCGAGAGACAGAAGCCAAACUACUGCAGCAUGAUUUAGAUCCGUCUCAGAUUUCUGUUAUACUGCUCGAUUCUGUAUGAUUUAACAUUACAUUCGACCAGAUCACACGUUUGUGUGUGUAAACUUACGUAUGCGUACGAAUACAAACACCAUCUAAUUGUAUCUCUGGCAUGUCUCCGCCGCUCCUCUUUCUUCAAGGAGACAGCGAUGAUUGGACACAAAUGGUCACAUAGUGAGAUAAAGCGGAGUAAAUCUCAGUCUUCUCUUCCACCUCUCUCUUAAGUGCCCUCUGUAGCUGACGCUUGCAAUAAAAUGGGUCCAGGAGUGAUUCGA